AUGUUCAUGCCUCCUACAAGAGAUUCCACGGAGAUUAUUCACCGUGAUUCUUCUUCGCAAGCACGUGCACCUGUGAAGAGCGAUUACAUUCGACCAUGCUACUUUACCAACUGGGCUCAGUACAGAAAUGGAAGAGGGAAAUACAUGCCAGAAGAUUACGUCACUGGACUUUGCACCCAUAUACUCUUCGCAUUCGGGUGGAUGAACGAAGACUACACUGUCAGAGCUUUUGAUCCCGCUGAUUUGCCAAAUGACUGGGCCGGUGAAGGAAUGUACAGACGUGUGAAUGCUCUCAAACGUAAAGACUCGAAUCUGAAGACGCUCCUCUCCAUUGGAGGAUGGAGCUUCGGCACUCGUUUGUUCAAGGCAAGUAUUUGUGGCUGUGCAAUUUCUUUGCGAUAUCAAAAAUAUUUGAAAGGCUCCGUACUAAGUUCAGUAGACUAUAAUACACAUGGCUUCCGCGGCUCACGGCAAGGAGAAGACAUGGCUGAGACCCCUGUCCGACGAAAGGUUUUCAUUAACUCUGCAAUCGCAUUUGUUCGUCAAUGGGACUUUGAUGGAAUUGAUAUCGACUGGGAGUACCCUUCUGGUCCAGCCGAUGUCAGAAACUAUGCCAGCUUUAUCUCCGAGCUCAGACAGGCAUGUGAGGCGGAGGCGACGUCGUCUCAGAAACCGCGUCUGCUCGUUACUGCUGCAGUGUCCGCUGGAGAAAGCACAAUUGAUGCUGGAUAUGAUGUGCCAGCCAUUGCCGAACACCUUGACUUCAUUCUUCUCAUGAACUACGAUUUCCACGGAGCGUGGAGUACCGAAACUGGCUUCAAUUCGCCUCUCUAUGCGAGAGAGGACAUGAGGGAAUCGGAGAAAGUGUGGAAUGUCGAUUGGUCAGCUAACCACUGGCAUGAAAAAGGCAUGGCCAAGGAGAAGAUAAUUAUCGGUAUACCAACAUAUGGACGAGGAUGGACUCUCAAGGAUAAGUCUAACAUUACCGUUGGAGCGGAAGGGUCACCUGCAAAAAUCACACCUUAUACUCAGGAAGCAGGAGUUGCCUCAUUCUACGAGUUCUGCGAAAUGCUGGCCACAGGAGCCACCCGUUACUGGAGCGCCGAGCAGCAAGUACCAUACCUCGUGCAGGGCGACCAAUGGUGGAGUUAUGACGACGAAGAGUCUAUAGCCAACAAGAUGGCAUGGAUCAAGCGCAACAAGUAUGGUGGAGCCUUUGUUUGGACCCUAGAUUUUGACGACUUCAACGCUAAAUGCUCCAACAGUGACGGCCAACUUUAUCCACUCAUCAGCAUCAUCGCCAAGGAACUUGGAGGUGUCACGAUACCAAAGAAGAACGGCCCUCCAGCUGCAUCAUCAUCAACAACAACCACCAGCACCGCUCGGCCAUCAACAGCACAACCAACAGCGGCACCAUCAAAACCGCCUACAACUACCACAACAUCUCGGCCAUCUUCGAAUUUCUGCGACGAGAUGCCGGAUGGUUUCCAUGAGUCGGAAAACGACUGCUCGAACUUUUUCCUAUGUCUUCAAGGCGCUAGCUACAACAUGACUUGCCCAGGUGGAACUCAUUUCUCAUCUUCGAAAGGAUAUUGUGUGCGUGCUGCUGACUCGAGCUGUUCUCGAUCGACUACCCCGAGUGGCUUUUCACCCACAACAACAACAAGCCCUAGAAAUGAGUUCAAAUGUGGCGCGGACGGCUUCUAUGCUGACUUCAACAGUUGCCAGAAGUUUAUUCGCUGUGUCAAUGGAAACCCCUAUGGGUUUGACUGCCCAAAGGGUCUAUCUUUCCAUGCUGAUUCCCUCAUGUGUGAUCACCCGGAUCCGUCAAAAUGUGCUGGAUUCUACUAA